AUGUCAAAGUCGUCAAUUGUCAAGGUUGCAGUCACGCAACAUGAACCGGUGUGGUUCGAUCUUGUGGCUACUGUGGACAAGACCUGCAAGUUAAUCGCUGAGGCAGCGAGUGAAGGUGCACAAUUGGUUGCCUUUCCUGAGGUGUGGAUUCCGGGGUAUCCGGCUUGGAUAUGGGAGCGGUGCGCCGACGAGUCGCUCGCGACCAAAUACAUCAAAAACUCCCUAUCAUACAACUCGCCCGAAAUGGCCAGAAUCUGCGCCGCAGCCCGUACAGCCGGUAUCGCAGUAGUUCUCGGCUUUAGUGAAAACGAUCACAACAGCUUGUACCUGGCUCAAUGCAUUAUCAGCGCCUCAGGCGAAAUUCUGAUGAAGCGACGCAAGAUUAAACCAACUCAUAUGGAACGCACUGUGUACGGGGACAGCGACGGCGCCAGUCUGAACAACGUGGUGGAUGUCGAGGGCGUUGGUCGGGUUGGUGGAUUAAACUGUUGGGAGCAUAUGCAGCCGCUUCUCAAGUACCACACGAAUAGCCUCCACGAGCAGAUUCAUGUUGCGGCGUGGCCACCUAUGCAUUCAGAGGAGAAGGGGGUUGAUAGGACGGUGACUUGGAAUAUGAGGUCUGAAGGUUGCAAUGCUCUUUCUCGCGUUCACGCUAUUGAAGCCUCGACCUUCGUUUUAUGUUGCUACUCUACUAUUUCGGCUGCUGGCAUCGCUGCCCACCGUAUCGAUGGCAAUCCGCUCUUUGGCCACAUUGGCGGUGGUGAUUCAGCUGUGUAUGGGCCCGAUGGCCGGAGGAUGACACAGCCUCUUGGUAUGGAUGUGGAGGGUUUUGUGUUUGCCGAUCUGGAUAUGGAUGAAUUGGUCAGUAUCAGACGUUAUGCGGAUGCCGUAGGGCAUUACUCCAGGCCUGACUUGCUCUGGUUGGGCGCGGAUACAAGGACAAAGAAGCAUGUAAGGAGAGAGGGUCAGGAUGGUAAUGCGGGUGGGGAGGCCAAGGAGAACAUGGCGAGCGAUCAAGAGAAAGGGGAAGUGGGGGGUGUAGGAGGUGGGAUUCGUGUGGCAAAUGGGAAGGUCUGA